CUCUCGCGAAUAUUAAACACUGAAAGCCUCCAUGUUGGACAGGGAGCACAGAUUAAAAAUCUGUGUAGUAGUCUUUAGAGGCCGGACAUCAUUCAUGCUGAAUCUCAGAUAUUGCUGGACUGUAAACAAAGCCUCGGGAAAGAGCAACUCCAUGAUUUAUUCUGACUAUUAAUCUCUGUAGUUUGUUUGCCAACCUGGCUGAGUAGACGUAUGGUUCUAGCUAACGUGCACGGUUUAGAUGCAAAGGGGAGUUAGCAGAUGUUAGCAAUCUGUUUAGAAUUUGUUUUGCACGAGAUGCGUCAUUUGUUUGCUUUAUUUAUGCAUUUUGUGUAAAUAUUAAGCGUAAUGCGCUUCGCCUCAUUUAUGCUGCGCAGUGACGGAUUCAAUGCGAGCACAACGCUGCAGCUGUAGUGUCUCGUGAACUAGCUAACAAGAAGCGCUAACAGUAGGAGCUAGCCAACUGCGUGUUAGCUGCUGAUAGUUUUCUGGCUAGCUAGCUGGCUAGCUGCCAUUGAUAACAACCAUUAUCGUGAGACAUAGGAGUACAUCCACCAUCACUCCAAACAAGGUUAUUUCAGCCGGACUUGCAAGUUAUCUUGCUUACAGCUCAAACAGAAAAGAAGAAAACCACUACGGAUUGACCUCUUGUUUCCAUGGACAACACGUCCAUAAUUACGCAGGUUACCAACCCAAAGGAGGAGGAGAUAUUAUCGUCAACUCAAGAAAAGGUCUCGCUGUCCAACAGCAGCUUAAAGAAACAGAGGAGCCGCAGCAUCUUCAGCUCGCUCUUGUGCUGCUUCAGGAGCUACAAUGUGGACCCACCGGCCACCAACAACAACACCAGCGUGCUGCCCCCACCCGUGGAGGAGAACGGCGCUCCACCCAAGUGUGACCAGGUUGAGGUCAUCUCUAUCCCCAGUACUCCAGCCCCAUACCUCCUCCCAGAGGUCAACAUAAAUGACUAUGGCAGGAAGUGUGUAGUGAUUGACCUGGACGAGACCCUGGUACACAGCUCAUUUAAGCCCAUCAGCAAUGCAGAUUUCAUUGUUCCGGUGGAGAUUGAUGGCACUGUGCAUCAGGUGUAUGUGCUGAAGAGACCUCACGUAGACGAGUUCCUGCAGAAGAUGGGGGAGAUGUUUGAGUGUGUGCUCUUCACCGCAAGUCUAGCCAAGUACGCGGAUCCUGUCGCCGACCUGUUGGACCAGUGGGGCGUAUUCAGGGCGCGCCUGUUCCGAGAGUCCUGUUUUUUCCACCGGGGCAACUAUGUCAAAGACCUCAGCCGCCUGGGCAGGGAGCUCCGAAACGUCAUCAUUGUGGACAACUCCCCCGCCUCCUACAUCUUCCAUCCUGAAAAUGCGGUGCCAGUGCGGUCGUGGUUCGAUGACAUGGAAGAUAUGGAGCUGCUGGAAUUGCUGCCUUUCUUUGAGGGACUGAGUAAGGAGGAGGACGUGUACGCAGUGCUGGAGAACUGGAGAGGGAGGUAGCCUCUGGGCCUGAGCUAUACCAGCCUGAGCUCCGUGGUGGAGACCCCUGAGAGUGGGGCCCGGGAUGGGCCAAGCCACCCUCCGACGAAAAAGCACUAUUACCGUGGUCUGCUGUCUUGACAAAACGUAUGCUGUGUGGUGUGUAUCUGCAUACACACUCGCACACAAACAAACACACACCCCAACUUAACUUAAGGUGGCCAUGACCGUGGCUACUGUGGCUCUCUUACAGUUGCGCUUUCACGUGCAUUUACACCCGUCUGCAGCGAACACCUCCAGACACAGACUCCUUUUCAGUAUGAAACAAGAGAUUCUCUUAUUUUCUCAAGUGCUUAUUAAUAACCAAAAAUAUUAUAGAAAUGAAAGAAAAAAAAAUAGCAACACCCACCUGUUUCUUCUCUGGGAAAAGAGGAAGUCCUAAGUUUGUAUUGAAAGUCCUGGUCCUUGUAUUGUCGCUAUGCAGUCUACAAAGGUUUGUAAAGGACUGACGGGCAUGAUUUCUCUUCUUAUUAAAGCCAAGUGCCUUUUUUGAAUGUCAUUUUUAUGGUAAGAAAAAGAUACAUUUUUUGUACAUGGCAUAUUUACAGAGAACUCUAAUCUUUUAAACUAAAGAUAUGCUUUAAAAAUGGAGAUGGGUCAGGAUCUUUAUAUUCACACAACACUGUUAUUGAAGCCCAAGAUCUUUAUGUAUAAACCAUUUAUAAGCAAGCUGUAUGUUCUCCAUUGUAGCCUAGGUUUCUCCUUUUGUUUGCUCUAGCUUGUGCCAUUUAUAUAGAGGUGAUUUUAUUGUUAUACAUACGAUUUUGUCUGUUAUUAUCCUUAGUCCUUAACAUGUGCAAAGAGUUCGGUUUCAUGUUUGGUGUUCUUACACAAUUUAUUGUGGCUGUUUUUAAAAGACCUCUUUUAAAAGGGAAAAAAACAGCUAAGUUGACAUGAGUUGAGGUUGAGAGGCAAAAUAUGAGAUGUGCAGUGCCAAUGGCCGGUGACACAGAUGAUGCUUUCUCAGGCGACCAUCUCCGCGUUAACAAAGACUCCAUGUUGGAAAGGACUCUCUUUUAGUCCUUGGGAAGUUUCAGCUGGUGUUCAUAGGCCGAGUUCCCCGGGAACGCAAUAUCCAAACUGUUUCAUACUUGAGAUCUCGUGUAUAUUUUUUUAGAGUUGGAUUUUAAUAUUUUUGACAUUCUGUGGACUUGAUUUCAAAGGCUUUGGGAUAAACGACCUGGGCACCGGUGUAGGGUUUCAACACUAAGUGGUAACCAUUACAACAUGGCUCUCCAGCACCACCACCACUAAUGUGUACCGUUAAAUGUUUCAAUCUGCAUCUAAUGUUUUUCAUUUCUUUAUUGUGCUUUUACUUUUCUCCCAUUUCUUUUUAAAAAAAGAAACGACUUCCUUGAGCCUACUGUGUAUUGAGCCAAUCAGAUUUUAUUUAUUUUUUUCUCCUUGAUUUUAAACUCAUUGUGUUUGUGGCCCCUGCCCAGCGCUGCUAUUGUACAGUACUUAACUAGCAUCCUCACGGUAGGCCCCUGGGCAGUAGUGCAGCAGCGUCGGUCCAGGUGACGAAGGCUGGGUCCUUCUGAGGAGACGCGAGUGCUUGACUGCAGCUUAGCACUUGGCUAGGUGUAAAACUUGGCUUCAAGUUUUCUCUGCCCAUUUCACUUGCGGUUCUAUGUGUAGUCUUGAGUGCUGGUCUGGCUCUCUGGUUCUGUCCCUUAUCCACCGUUGUGCCUAAGAGGAGAUGAGCAGGGGGUUGCUUGUGCUGGGCAUACUGGUAAUCACAGACCAAUUCUCUUAUCCCCACCCCCUUCUCCUCUUGCGCUUUCACGGCUAGCUCUAGUGUUUCUCUCUUUCACUCGGUGUCCUGGGUUUUCCACUUCACUGGCUGUGAUGCUGCAUCAGAUAUCUUCUAAUUUGUUUUUGAUGGUUACUGUUUUCACUGUUGAUGUUAUUUGUUCCCCCACUUCACUGGUCUGGUGGACUGGACUGUGUUGCGUGCCCCAAUCCUUUUCCUGCUGCUGCUGUUGAUGCUGCUGCUGACAAUGACGAGAGUGUCAGCCAGGUCUCUAUCUCCCUCACACUGGCUCUCUUCCAUCUGAUGAUUGCAAGCACUUUGUUUAGUACCUUUUGGUUCAUUGUCACUUAUUUAUUUUUGUUUUGUUUUUUGUUCAGAAAAUUCAGCUGUUCUUCACAUGCAGGUGUUCUCUCCAUGCAGGGACUUCAAAGCCACAGUAUUUAUUAUCUGUUCCUCAAGAUGGUGUUUUUUAUGAUUGAGAGCUUUCUUUAUAUACUGACGGGGUUUUCUCACACAUGCAUCCUGGGUAUUUACCUUCAUGGCAUGUGCCUGUGGAGCAGUCAAAAAAGAGCAAAGUUCAGAGUGCUGUCAUGAACUAUGGGGAAGGGGUUUUUCUGUGCUGUGUUUGCAGUAUGUUUUUUUUUUUUUUUUGGUGAAGUGAUUCAUGGUUUGUGGCAGAUUUCUUCCAAACUAUGAUGUUAUAUUAAAGCACCUUUUUAUGACGAAACA